CCCCAGCGCCAGCGCACCCUGGGCGAGAUCUACCACUGGUUCAGCCGGAUGUUCGGGUACUUCCGCCACAACACCGCCACCUGGAAGAACGCCGUGCGCCACAACCUGAGCCUGCACAAGUGCUUCGUGCGAGUGGAGAACGUGCGCGGGGCCGUCUGGACCGUGGACGAGGCCGAAUUCAGGCGGAAACGGGGACAACGGUACCCCAGAGACUGCGACCUGAAGUACUUUCUGCCCUCUCGGAGCUGAGAGGGGGGGGCCCCCCCAAAAAAAAACCAACCAUGUUGCAGGGGCGAGACUGGAGGGUCCCCCCCAAAUCCUUCCCCCCCCCCCCAAGAAGAACGUGAC